AUGGAAACCGAUAUUAUGGAGAUUAGAGGGGCGGGAGAUGGAGCUGCGUCCGGAGAAUACAUCCGACCUCCUUCAAAACGUUAUUCCUGGGCAGAAGUUAGACAAGCAGUUCAUGAUUUACGAAAAGAAUUAUCAUGUCUCUCCACCAUGGUGCCACUAGCUAUAAGCUUUAGAAAACUGAGCAAUGGGAAGACAAGGAUAUAUUUCUUAAGGAACCCGCAAAAUGGAUGGGAGAUAACACUUUUGUACACAGAUGUGACACUAUCACAACAGCCAAAUACCUCCAGAUUAGACUGGAAACCGCUAAUAGAAUCAAAUGUAGCCCUCGGCGUGACCUCUGGGAAAUGGUCCAGGGAGGAACAGCUCCUCUGGGAACGUCAGAGAGUCGCUGCGUGGGGUAUAGCGUCGUACGAGCUCCACCCUUCCACGGGCAGGAUCAUGUUUCCAUGUGCUUCUUCGUUAUUUGUUGCAGACGAAGGUGUCAGUCAGUCACCGCCCCUAGUCCCUCGUUCUCUAAACACGGGGGGUGGCGCACCGCUAACGCCGGCGAUGUGUCCCCGAUCUCCGGAGCUGAUCGCGCACGCCGCUAGAGGGGAUAUCUGGCUUGCUGGAGGACAUCUCCGCAGGCCCACAAGAUUAACUUAUGCAUGUAAAGGACAUGAGCCCGAAAGGUUAGCAGACGACCCUCGUCAAGCCGGAGUGCCGUGUUACGUCACGCAGGAAGAGUUCUCCAGGUAUACAGGGUUCUGGUGGCAGCCUCAGGCCGAUGAUGAUGUAUACAGGAUAGUAUACGAAGAAGUAGAUGAGAGUGAAGUGAAGAUCUUCAGUUUCCCAUCUUCACAGAGCAGUAGUGGAGAAGUUGAAGAAUUUAGGUUUCCACGUGCUGGCACACCCAAUGCUAAAUCCUCUCUGAAGAUGGUUACGUUUAGGUUACGAAAGGCAUCGCCGACCACAGUACUGGAUUAUUAUCAGGAGGCUGCUGAACAUUCUGCGGAACUUACCAACGGAGCAAUGGAGGUGACUGACAUCCGGUGGUACGAGUUAAGGCAGCCGUUGAAGGACACGUUUCCUUGGUUCGAGUACCUGGCCAGGGUUGGAUGGACGCCGGACGGACGAUAUGUGUGGGUCCAACUGCUGGAUCGGAAACAGCAACGAUUGGAACUGGCCCUGAUCCCGCUGGAGCAGUUCUCGUCUCCGACAAGUUACGAACAUGCGCCGGAUAACCUUCAAGCCAGGAACACCCACUAUCAUCAUGGAGGAUGUGAUCAGCCAAUCCAAGAAAUCCAAGUCCUAAUAUCGGAGUCAGCCCCUGACGCGUGGAUCAACGUCCACGACAUUCUGCACUUCCUGCCAGCUCCUCAGAACCAGGUGUCGUUCAUCUGGGCGAGUGAGGAGACUGGACACCUGCAUCUGUAUCUAGUCACUUGUGCUCUGCUGCCAGCAGCCAGCGAGAGAGCCCGCUCCGUGAUAGAAAUGAUCGCGGAGGAUGAAAGCAACGCGGUGGGACCUAACGUGAUAAGCAAGGAGGCGAUCACAGCUGGUGAAUGGGAGGUGAUGGCCAGGAAGAUAUGGGUAGACACAGCGAACCAGUUGGUGUACUUCGUGGGUCUCCGCGAAACUCCCCUGGAGCGCCACCUGUACGUGGCGCUGCUGUCCCCCCCCAGACCACAAACCGUCCAGCUGCUCACCACUGUGGGCCACUCUCGUACUGUAGACAUCGACGAGGAGUGCUCGAUGGCGGUGAUCACAUCUUCAAAUAUAAGCAGUGUGCCCGUCACGAGGGUGUACAGGAUCUGCACAUCACCAUCACCAAGGUUGUACCCUCUAGGUACCAUCACAGAUCGCACUCCUUCCGCUGACUCCAUAGAGGCGAGGUACAACGGCUCCUGGGAGAGCAGGUGUGAUGAAAGCGAUGAGACAGACGGUGAAACUAUAUCACUAGCCAGAGAACGAUCUCUUAGCAUAUCCGCAGUGCCGGCGCCGCAGAUCUACUCCACGCGGCUCUCGUGCGGCGCCACGGCCUACUGCACGCUCUGGCGCUGCGCCCGCCCCGGCCGCAGCCCCACCGUCCUGCAUGUGUACGGCGGGCCCGAGGUGCAGACCGUCACCAACAGCUACAAGACCGUCACCAACAGCUACAAGGUAACCGCUGCACGUGUACGGCGGGCCCGAGGUGCAGACCGUCACCAACAGCUACAAGGUAACCGCUGCGCGCUGCACGUGUACGGCGGGCCCGAGGUGCAGACCGUCACCAACAGCUACAAGCUACAAAGUAACCGCUGCGCGCUGCACGUGUACGGCGGGCCCGAGGUGCAGACCGUCACCAACAGCUACAAGGUAACCGCUGCUCGCUGCACGUGUACAUGGGCCCGAAGUGCAGACCGUCACCAACAGCUACAAGGUAACCGCUGCUCGCUGCACGUGUACGGCGGGCCCGAGGUGCAGACCGUCACCAACAGCUACAAGGUAACCGCUGCUCGCUGCACGUGUACAUGGGCCCGAAGUGCAGACCGUCACCAACAGCUACAAGGUAACCGCUGCUCGCUGCACGUUUACGGCGGGGCCGAGGUGCAGACCGUCACCAACAGCUACAAGAAAAUGAUGCUCACUGCCGGCCGACUAAUUUUGAUAAAAGGUAUCCGUCAACUCCGCAUGCAUAUGCUAGCUGCCCGAGGGUUCAAUGUCGUGGCGGUAGACUCUAGAGGGUCCAAGCACAGGGGCAGGGCGUGGGAGGCAGCCAUCAAAGGGAAACUUGGUCAGAUCGAGUUGGAUGAUCAGGUGGAAGUUUUGCAAUGGUUGGCGAAAGAGACUGGCUGCAUAGACAUGGAGAGGGUUGCGAUACAUGGGUGGAGUUAUGGCGGCUACCUGUCGCUGCUGGGGCUGGCGACCCGGCCCAACAUCUUCCGCGUGUGCGUGGCGGGCGCGCCGGUGACGUGCUGGCGGCUCUACGACACCGCCUACACCGAGCGCUACAUGGGCGCCCCCGCGCGCGCGCCGCACGCCUACACGCGCGCCAGCGUCCUCGCGCACGCGCCCUUCUUCCCCGACCAAGAAGGCAGGUUGUUAAUCAUCCACGGCCUGGCCGAUGAGAACGUCCACUUCUGCCACACUGCUGCGCUCACAGCUGAGCUAGUCAGGCUCGGGAAACCCCACAGAGUACAGGUAUACCCCGGAGAAAGGCAUUCACUUCGGGCGAUGCACGCAGCGAAACAUUACGAAGCGACAUUGUUACAUUUCUUACAUGAAAAUCUGUAG